CAUUCAAAGAGAUGGGUGGCAUGGCAAGUCUCCUCCUUUUGCUGUGGGUUGGUCUCACAGUGGGCAAAGUGGUGGAUCUGCAAAAGAGAAUCAUUGGAGGGCACAAUUGUAACAACAAUGAGCGUCUGUACCAUGUGAAAUUGAUAGCAAAAGUAGAUGCGACCCAUGAGUCAUUGUGUGGUGGCUCCCUGAUCAGUGACCAGUGGAUUCUGACUGCAGCUCAUUGCUGGGAGCCCAGAUGGAUUAUAACUGCACAUUUAGGAGUGCAUCCACGUCAAGGACACGGGAACGCUCAGCAAAUGCAAAUCACGGAGGAUCCUCAGAUCUUUACAGACCAAGACAACAACAACAAUGUCAGGCAGCAUGACAUCAUGCUGCUGAAGCUACCUCGCAAAGUUACGAUCAGACCGGUACAACUUCCUGACUGUAAAAGACGUCCUAAUGUAGGUGCUACAGUUCAGAUUGCAGGUCAUGCAGCUAGGUUUGAAGUACCUCCUUAUGUACCCGACCUCCAGUGUGCAGACAUUAAGGUUGUCACAUGUCCGCAUAUCGUAGUGAACAACGUAGACUGGAGUUAUCAACACUGGUUAUGUGGUAGGACUCGUGGAGUGGAUACAUGUCCAGGUGACUCUGGUGGAGGUGUGGUGUACAAUAACAAGAUUUAUGGUGUCCAUUCAAACAGUGGAACAUAUGCCUGUACUGCAGAAGCUGCAUUCAUGGAUGUCUGUGAAUACAUACAGUGGAUCAGAAUUGUCACCGGACUCAACUAAACGCAUGUCUUUGGUGUGGUUAACUGUGAACUGUCCUGUGAUUUAAAAGGCUUUUCACAUGUAUUAAGUAAACUGAUGAGUUACUCUCAAUUUGCAAUUGAUACAUUUACAAUUGAUGGAUUUACAUUAAAUGUUUAACUAUCAUUUGUAACGUCCUUUAAGACAAACAAUAAAAGUGAUUCUACAACA